AUGGCUCAACACGCAGAUAUGCCGCAUUGGCUCGAUUCGUAUCCAAUUGAGCAGAGGUCUCAAGAUCUGGCACCAGAGCAACCCCUGUUUGUCGAUAUUGGCGGUGGAAUUGGCCACCAAUGCAUCGCGCUGAGGGAGCGUCUACCAGCAGUAAAAAACAAGGUCAUCCUACAAGAUUUGGAUGUUGUUGUUGCCCAGGCAAUCAAACAUGAAGGAGUCGAGGCAAUGUCUUAUGACUUCUGGCAGCUUCAGCCAAUCAAGGGCUGUCGAUUCUACUACAUGCGCAACAUUAUGCAUGACUACCCGGAGGAGAAAGCAGUUAUCAUUUUGAAGAAUGUUAUCUCUUCCCUUGGCCCUGACUCGGUCAUUCUGAUUGAUGAUAUGGUCCUACCCGGAAGCGGAGUUCAUUUUCACGCUACCCAAAUCGAUAUCACCAUGAUGUCUGUACUAGCCUCCCAUGAGCGUACGAUAACACAGUGGUAUGCUCUUACGGAGAAAGCAGGCCUUAAGAUCAAGCAAAUCUAUACCUACAACACCAGAUAUGAUUCGGUCUUGGAGUGUGUUCCUGCUGAGUGA